AUGUCACACAAAAAAGACACUCCGAGUCUCAAAGAAAUAAUUGCGAACAGCCCAGAGAAUAAGAAAUGCGUAGACUGCGGCAUGGCCAGGCCCCAAUGGGCGUCCAUUACGUACGGAAUAUUUCUGUGUUUGAAUUGCGCAGGAACACAUCGAUCGUACGGAGUCAAAGUGAGCACCGUAAAGAGCAUGAGCAUGGACGUGUGGAGCCCAGCUGAAACCAAAAGGAUGGAGCUCGGAGGGAAUGCGCAGUUUUUGGAGUAUUUAAAGAAACACUCGCUGGAGAACCUCUCGAAAGACGAUCUGUACCAGCACAAAGCCGUGAAAGAGUACGCAGAUAAGCUGAAAAAGUCGGUCAGCGAGAUAUUCCCCGAAGAAAAAAUAGCUGCACCGCAGUCAUCGCCAAAGGAGAAGAAGAAAGCGCACAGCACGCCCUCUCCCGCAGCAGUGGAUGUGAAGCUGCAGUCUGAGAGCGCACCGCAGCCAAGCUAUAUAAACAUGUACAACACAUCUGUGUCAUCUGGUCUUCCCUCAAUGGAGACAAUACAGACGGGAAUAACAGAGGUCUUUGGAAAGGCUGCAGAGUAUUUCUAUUCGGCAUCGAGCACAAUCUCAGAGCAUUUGUCUGAAAAGGUCAUAGCUCCUGCAUCAACGAUCAUUAAAGAGAAGGGCAGCCAGCUGACUGACUACAUACGCGGAAAGGAGACUAAUAGAAGAGCUGUGUCAAAAGCAGCAGAAAAGAGCGCUGUGCAGAAAACAGCAGAAGAAAAACCGAAUGUAGGAAAAAACAAAUCAUCAUUUGACAAAUGGGACUAA